AUGGAAUCGCUCCUGCUCUCGGAGCUGCACCCCUCGGCCACGUCGGCGACGCUCGCCAACAACGUCCUCACCGGCAUGGCCGACCAGCCGCCGGGCCACGUGUCGCGGCCCUUCCUCGCGGCCGAAACAUACUGGCUCAACGGCCCGCGGCUCGCCGAGGCGCUGCGCGUCGAGCGGCCCCGCGGCUGGCUGCGCCGCUGCUAUUUCUCCGUCCUCGUGCUCGGCCAGUGCCUCUUCUUCGCCGCCAUGAGCUACUCGCACAAGUGGGUGCCGCGCUGGGACGCCGCACGCCGCGAGAGGCUGCGCAGGACGCUGUACGACAUCACCGUCCGCCGCGGCGAGCUCGGCGCCCUGGGUGCCGAGACGGCCUUUGAGUUCCAGUACGUGCCCGUGCUCGACACGAUGGCCACCGAGGUGGGCACGCUCGACGAGGCCAUGCGCAGGGGCCGCGAGCUCGGCGUCGGGAGCCACGAGCGGCGGAGUCUCUGGACGCUGAGCGUCGCCGGCGUCGUCGUCGGCUGCGGCAGCUGGGGCGGAUGGCUGUGCCUGAGGGGGGGUGUGCGUGCUCUCGUGGGAUUGAUGAGGUGA